GCCAAAGACCAUAUUCACCUCGUAUGAGCGGAAUGCGCUCAAGGACAGAUGGGGCUCACAGGCGACGCGCCUCACACGUGACUCGUUUCUGCCAUUCGGCUCCUGCCAGCUCUGUCUCCUUCCAUCAGUGGACCCAGUAUGCUGCUCACAGGGCGACCUCUUCUGUCGCGAGUGUGCCAUGACAAAUCUCCUAGCCCAGCGAAAAGAAAUGAAGCGGUUGGAAAAGCUCAACGAGCGGCAAAAGGUCGACGAGGAAGAGCAAAGGCUGCGCGAGGAAGAGGAGGCCAGACUACGAGCAGUGGAAGAGUUUGAGGCUGUACAGCAAGGACUUUCUGUCAAGGUGGGCGCGUCGGCUAAGAUGGUGGGAAGAGAGGGCGGCAAAAUCAUGGUCGAAGAAGAGAUGGAUGCCAAAGCCGGGGAGGGCAGAGGCACAAAACGAAAGUUUGAACUCGAUGAGGAUGAGUUGAAGCGCAUUGCGAGCGAAGAGCAAAGAAAAGCGAGGCGCAACCUGGACGAAGAGCGCAAAGCUGCAAAAGGCCAUCUGCCGAGUUUCUGGGUACCAGGCGAGACGCCCGAUCAGCACCACAAGACUGCGGAAAAGGCCAAAAACACUCCCGUGUGCCCAUGCAGCGCCCCAGACCAGCCACACAGUCUGUCUUUAAAGGGCCUCACCAGCGUCAACUUCCACGAAGAAAAAUCCCCAGACAGCGCCAAGUCGGUCCGCACAUGUCCAAGUUGCCAAAAGGCGCUGUCCAACAGCACAAAGGCCAUGCUCGCUAUACCCUGCGGCCACGUCCUUUGCAAGCCCUGCGUCGACAAAUUUCUCAAGCCAGAGCAUCGGCAUCACCGAGAUGCACAUGACGAGGCGCCGGACCCAGAGACGGUCCAUUGCUACGUCUGCGAUGCAGAUCUCACUACAAUACCCGACGCCAAGGAUGGCAAGAAGAAGAAGGACAAGGAAAAGGCCCCAAAGCCGGGCUUGGUCGAGAUACGGAGCGAGGGCACCGGGUUUGCAAGUGGGGGCAAGGCCGUGGUGAAGAGAGACGGCGUUGCCUUCCAAGUAUAACGUGUUGUAAUGUAGACGAGACGAUUAUAGAAACCAG